CUUCACCUCCCAUCUCUCCUCCCGCUGCGUGGGUGCCAUGGCAACUGAGGGAGACCGCAACCUAGGUUCCGGAAGCUGAGGAGCUGGAGUUCUGAAGCUGUCUUGGCCAAAGGAUGCUGAGUCCGGAGCGCCUAGCCCUCCCGGACUACGAGUAUCUGGCUCAGCGACAUGUCCUUACGUACAUGGAGGACGCCGUGUGCCAGCUGCUAGAGAACAAGGAGGAUAUUAGCCAGUAUGGCAUUGCCAGGUUCUUCACUGAAUAUUUUAACAGUGUGUGUCAGGGAACUCAUAUUCUCUUUCGGGAAUUCAGCUUCAUCCAAGCCACCCCCCACAAUAGGGCAUCGUUCUUAAGAGCCUUCUGGAGAUGCUUCAGAACUGUGGGCAAAAAUGGCGAUUUGCUGACCAUGAGGGAAUAUCACUGUUUGUUGCAAUUACUGUGCCCGGACUUCCCACUGGAGCUCACACAGAAGGCAGCCAGGAUUGUGCUCAUGGAUGAUGCCAUGGACUGCUUGAUGUCUUUCUCAGACUUCCUUUUUGCCUUCCAGAUCCAGUUUUACUACUCAGAAUUCCUGGAGAGUGUGUCUGCCAUCUAUCAGGACCUGCUGUCCGGCAAGAAUCCCAACACAGUGAUUGUACCAACAUCGUCCAGUGGGCAGCACCGCCAGCGGCCUGCCUUGGGUGAAGCUAGCAUGCUGGAGGGUGUGGAAGCAUCACUGUUCUACCAGUGCCUGGAGAACCUGUGUGACCGGCACAAGUACAGCUGCCCACCCCCAGCACUUGUCAAAGAGGUCCUAAGCAACGUCCAGAGACUGACCUUCUAUGGAUUCCUUGUGGCUCUCUCAAAGCAUCAUGGAAUCAACCAAGCCCUAGGAGCUUUGCCUGACAAAGGGGACUUGAUGCAUGACCCAGCCAUGGAUGAGGAACUGGAACGUCUGGUGGUGAGGUCGAGGCUGCACAGGACCUCGCGACAGCACAGGGCCAACGAGCCAGGGGCCUUUGGCUUUCAGAGACGAGACAGACCGGAGGCCCUGGAGAAAGUGCCCUCAGCUUCUACACCGUCGCCCUACCCGUAUCAGUGGGAGCCCAGAGAGUGAGGCAGGGAGCAGGGUCCAGAGAGGACAGCACUUCAGCUCAGACCAGCAAGGGCCCAGGGCCCCGUGGGGGCUUUAUUUUGACACCACUUUGUUGCAAUACAAACAGUCCA